GAAGAGGAGGAAGCGGCCGCUUGAUCACGUGAUACGGGAGGGGCGUCGGCAUCCAGGAUGGCGGUGUGCGUCGCCGUGAUCGCCAAGGAGAACUACCCCCUGUACAUCCGAAGCAUCCCAACAGAAAAUGAACUGAAGUUCCAUUAUACUGUGCACACUUCCCUGGAUGUUGUGGAUGAAAAGAUCUCUGCCAUGGGGAAGGCCCUUGUGGAUCAGAGAGAGCUCUAUCUGGGACUUCUGUACCCAACUGAAGACUACAAAGUAUAUGGCUACGUGACAAAUUCCAAGGUGAAGUUUGUUAUGGUGGUAGAUUCUUCAAACACAGCACUUCGAGACAAUGAGAUCCGCAGCAUGUUCCGAAAGCUGCAUAAUUCAUACACAGAUGUAAUGUGCAAUCCCUUUUAUAAUCCUGGGGACUGCAUUCAUUCCAGGGCCUUUGAUAAUAUGGUGACCUCCAUGAUGAUGCAGGUGUGCUGAACUCCAGCCAUUCUCUUUGUAUUUGAGAACAUUCUCUGUUGUACAGAAGUAUCUGUGAAGCUGUGCGUAUAUAUAGUCUUUAAACUCGUUCUGUGUAAAAUAAACCCAUUGCUGUUUGGA